GGUAAAGCCAAUACAGGGUGGGUUUCAGGAUGUUUAGACCUUAAAGCGGAUAAGAACCAUACACAUACCAUUGCAAAUAUUACAAACUUACAAGAAACCUUAAACAAGAAAAGUGACGUUGGACAUACACACGAUUUCUUCGCAACUGUUGGUAUAGAAAAUAUUGCAGGAACGGUUGAAGAACCUGAUGGAACUGGUGGGGAUGUAUUAAAUUGGAAACCUCCUAACUUUCCACAAGGUUUAACAUCGGAUGAAGACAUAACGACGAUGAAAUACACUAGAUGUAGAAAUGUUUUUGUCAUGGAGGAUGAAAACAAAGUUAAAUUCACUGCUCAAGAUUUAUAUGACAACAAAGCUGACAAAACAUAUGUUAACGAUGAGUUAGAUAAGAAAGCUGACAAAACAUAUGUUAACGAUGAGUUAGAUAAAAAAGCUGACAAAACAGAGCUUCAAACGUUAAAGACAGAAAUACUUCAAACACUAUAUCCUAUAGGUUCUAUUUAUACGUCAAUGAACUCUACCAGACCAGAAGUAGUACUUGGUCUCGGAACUUGGACUCAAAUAGUCGACAGGUUUUUGUAUUGUGCCAACUCUUCAAAGGAAACAGGUGGAAGUAAAACGAUUUCAGGUGAAAACUUACCUGCACACAGUCACUACAUAGAUUUAAGUACAUCUGAAGCAGGUUGGCAUAAGCAUAGAUUUUGGGAUUGGUCAGCAAUGAAAAAAGGUAAAGGAUAUGAUGUUAAAGACGACGUUCAGUUUGCUAUAAAUUGUUUCUGGGGUAGCACACAGGGAGAAGGAAACCAUACACAUCGCGUUUCAGGGUAUACGCAAACAACGGGACAAAGUAAAGACUACAUGCCACCUUACAUGACAGUUUACGCAUGGUAUAGAAAUGCUUAG